GGAUAAAAUCACUUCUCCACAUGCCAUUGUUUGGUUCGUACUUGUCUUCUUCCCCUUCUCGACUCUCAAUCCACAAGCAGGGACUCACGCACGCAGUCAUGGCCUCUCUAACCUCUCUUCCUCAUCUGCCACCUUUUGUCUCUCACUCUUCAUCUUCUUCUUGUUCAAUUAGGCGCCUAUGUCCCGGCAAAAUUCUCACAGUCACAUUCAUGUCUCCAAGACGGUCUCGUUCGGGUAAGCGAAGCCUCGCCCCAAUAUCAGCCGUGGACGAUGUUUCUGUAGUUGACCCUCCACCUCCACCUCGGCCACCGUCUUGGGGAGACAAGUCAGAGCUUAUUGCUUUUUUGAAGCUCAAAUUACUGAGUGCUGUUUCUGGGCUAAAUAGAGGUCUUGCUGCAAAUGAAGAUGAUCUCCGAAAGGCAGAUGCCGCUGCCAAGGAGAUUGAAGAUGUUGGAGGACUGGUGGACCUCUCAGUUGAUCUUGAUAAAUUGCAAGGGAGAUGGAAAUUGAUAUAUAGCAGUGCAUUCUCAUCUCGGACUCUCGGUGGGAGCCGUCCUGGACCCCCCACAGGAAGGCUACUCCCUAUAACUCUUGGUCAGGUUUUUCAACGGAUUGACAUCUUGAGUAAAGAUUUUGAUAAUAUAGCGGAGGUUGAAUUAGGUGCUCCAUGGCCCCUGCCACCUGUUGAAGUGACUGCCACAUUAGCCCACAAAUUUGAACUCAUAGGAUCUGCAAAGAUAAAAAUCACGUUCGAGAAAACUACUGUAAAGACAACUGGAAACUUGUCACAACUGCCUCCAUUAGAGCUACCACGGAUUCCAGACAAUUUUAGGCCUCCAUCAAAUACAGGACGUGGUGAAUUUGAAGUUACCUAUCUCGAUGCAGAUACCCGCAUCACCAGAGGAGACAAAGGCGAGAUUAGGGUUUUUGUUAUCUCAUAAUACCUUGAUAUUCAAGAGUCAUGUGUAACGGUCACAGUUCCUGCUUCUAUACGUUUGCUUUCUGCUGUUAUUAUUGUUGUCUUAGUUAAUUUGUAUGUUGAACCACAGGAAAUUGUGUUCAGUUGGGAACAAUUUAAGCAUAAUGCAAUUGUAAAUAUAUCACCUGUAAAUUGAAACUGUUUCUUCCCUUAAUAUGCAGUGCCACAAGGUGCACCUAACUACUUAAAUGAUGUAGAGGAACUGCAAGCUUGCAUGGUCAAAUUUGGCUA